AUGAACAAAACAAAGCCAGCAAUUGAUAAAAUUCGUCAAAUAAUUCCACCACUCUUACCAGAAUUUCAUAAAGGCCAAGCAGGUAGAAUAUGUGUUGUCGGUGGCUCUGAAGAGUAUACUGGCGCUCCUUAUUUUAGCUCCUUUUCAGCUUUGAAACUUGGCGCCGACAUGGCUUUCGUGGUCUGCGAACCAACAGCAGCCUUGGCAAUUAAGUCCUACGCACCUGAUCUAAUGGUGCAUCCUUACAUGCGCCAAUCCGGGGACACGGGCAAGACUUUAGAAGAGGUAAUAAAUAACGUGGCUGGACUUUUCCCACGAACUCAUGUUGUAGUUGUAGGUCCUGGAUUAUCAAGAGAUAAGAUGAUGUUGGAAUGCGCCAAAGGCAUCAUAACAAAGGUUAAAGAAAAAAAUUUACCAUUAGUUAUUGACGCGGAUGGUUUAUUCCUAAUUCAAAACCACCCAGAAAUUAUUAAAGACUAUCAUAAAGCAAUUUUAACGCCUAACGUCGUUGAAUUCAAGAGACUUUGUGAUAGAAUGAAUGUUAACCCUGAAGGUGAUAAUACGGAUAACAUGAUAAAAUCAUUAGGUCAAGCUUUUGUGUUCAAAGUUGAUGAAAAAGGGGGGCUUAAACGGUGUGGUGGACAAGGAGACAUUCUUACUGGAAUGAUUGCAACUUUUCUUGCUUGGGGAUCUGCUUAUCAUGAUAAACUUUGGCAGCACGACAAUUCAAUAUCGCCUAAUGAAAUUCCAAUGCUGGCUAGUUAUGCGGCAUGUACACUUAUGAGAGAAUGCUCACGUACUGCUUUUGAGAAAUUUGGACGCGCUGUACAAACUUCUGAUAUGAUUAACGAGAUUGGACCUUCAUUUCAAAAAUUAUAUGAGAGGUAA